AUGGUGCUUUUGAAAUUUGUAGAAUUUUACAAUUGGAAUAGAGUUUAUGUUCGAUACUGCGAUGGAGGAUCCUUUACGGGAGAUGUGGAAGCAGUUGAUCCUGAUAGUGGACUUCAUUAUAGAGGGGCAAGGAUAUUCAAAGCUAUUAUGGAGGAAUUAUUGGCCCAAGGAAUGAAUACAUCUCAAUAUGCUAUAUUAUCUGGAUGUUCAGCAGGAGGAUUGACAACAAUCUUGCAUUGUGACAACUUUAGAGGUCUAUUAUUGACAAGUGCUAAAGUCAAAUGUUUUUCAGAUGCUGGUUAUUUUGUUGAUCACAUGGAUAUUUCAGGAAAAGCAUAUAUUGAACAGUACUUCAGUGAUAUUGUCACUUUACACGGCUCUGCCAAGAAUUUGCCUCCAUCUUGUACUUCUAGAAUGAAACCAGGUUUGUGCUUUUUCCCACAAAAUGUGGCUCAACAAAUUCAAACACCACUUUUUAUUUUAAAUGCAGCCUAUGAUCAUUGGCAGGUAAGAAACAUUUUGGUUGCUCCUGGUGCUGAUGCUGAGGGUACCUGGGAAAGUUGCAAAGCUCAUAUAAAAAACUGCACACCAGACCAGCUCAAAGUUCUUCAAGGUUUCCGAUUGGACUUUCUAAAGGAAUUGAAAAAGCUUGGGCCAUCUUCAAUAAGAGGAUAUUACAUCAACUCUUGUGAUUCACAUUGCCAAACUCAACAACAAGCCUAUUGGUUUGGUCCCAAUUCACCUAGACUAUUCAACAAGACAAUAGCAGAAGCAAUAGGAGAUUGGGUUUUGGACAAAAAACAGUUUCAACAUAUUGAUGACCCUUUUCCUUGUGACAAAACAUGUGUUGAAGCCAGUGACAUAAUUAGUUCACAAGAUAUAUAAUUAUGUUUUUUUUAUUUGAGAUUGAUAGAGAUGAUUGUGACAUGGAGAAUAAUUUUUUUGAAUUAAUGCACUUGUAUCAUAUAAUAGAAAUGAACAAUUUAUAUAUUG